AUGAGUAUAUUUUUCAAAUCACCGAUAGAUAUAGAGGUACUACUCGAUGGAGAGGAGAACAGAAAGCACGUUGAUCUUUUCAAAGGUGGCUCAAGCACCAAAACGAUGAAAGAAUCUCUGCCCCUGUACGAGGAUGGUGAGUCCAUUGCAGGGCUGGUUACUCUCCGGGUUCGCGACGGGAGGAGCAUAGACCAUUUGGGGGUCAAAGUGUCUGUCAUCGGAUCCAUUGAUAUGGUGAAGACGUCAGGGGGCAAUACUACUAGCACAAACGGUAACUCCAAACUGAACAGUAAUUCUUCUUUGUACAACUACGACGACCCGAAGAAGAAACCUGUAGAUCAGUUCCUCUGUUUGAGUUACGAUCUGUGCCCCGCGGGUGAACUGAACCAUUCCGAGAGCUUCCCGUUUACUUUCAAAAAUUUGAGCAAAAGAUACGAGUCCUACAGAGGCAAGAACGUCGACGUCACUUACUACGUCAAAGUCACUGUAAUGAGGAAAUCUACUGAUAUAUCAAAGGCAAAGAAAUUCUGGGUCCAUCUCUUCAAGGAUAUGACACCUCCUGUAAGGGAGCCAAAUGUCCAAGGAAGCGUCACAGAUGCAGCAGGAGCCACAUCACAGACCACAAAUACACCUCCCAGCGUAUUGACAAAGCCAGUAAGGUUAGACAUCGGAAUUGAAAAUUGUCUCCAUAUAGAGUUUGAGUACUCGAAAGCACAGUACAGUCUGAAUGACGUUAUCGUUGGUAGAAUAUACUUUCUUUUAACGCGAUUGAAAGUCCGACACAUGGAGUUGAGUCUGCUUACAAGAGAGACGUCAGGCUUGAAACCAUCCAAUUUCUUGCUGGACUCGACUUCUAUAAGGUAUGAAAUAAUGGACGGUUCUCCAGUGAAGGGCGAAACGAUACCGAUCAGGCUCUUUUUAAGUGGGUACGACUUGACACCGAACAUGAGUUGCAACUAUUUCAACAUCAAGAACUAUCUUAACCUCGUCAUUAUCGAUGAGGACGGAAGGAGGUACUUCAAGCAGUCCGAGAUCAGUUUGUACCGUACUAAGUAG